AUGAACGGCAACUGGGGUGGCGGCAUGCCUGCCGCUGCCCCCACACCAGCCUGCUCCCCCAGUCAGAGGAAGAUGUGUGACGAGGCACGCGCUGCUGCCGCGUGGCUUUGGGUUCAUUCGGAGGUUGCCGAAGCAGUCCAGCGCUUUGCAGAAGACCUUUCGGCCGUGCACAAACGAGGGCUCAGUGCAGCGGCAGCUCUCGACAUCUGCCACCAGAGUGAAACUGGGAAUUCGCGUGGCAAUGCAGUGACUUGCGAGUCCGCUGCGGGUGGGGGGGCAAGGGACGCCCUUAACAGUUUGCUGCUCCUGUGCUCGGAGGCUGGAGCUGAGGCAGAGCGCUUCGCGUCUGCCUUGAAAAUCGGAGUUAUUCAGCCUGUAAACCAGGCGUUAGAGCCGCUGGCUCGCGCUGCAGAUGCUGCAGGCCCUCCUGGCUUCCCCAACAAGCACAUUUUGGGGGAACUUGCUCGAGGAGGAGAUGUGCAGAAGGCAGCAAGGCGGCUGCAACUUGCCGAGGAGGAACUGACGAAGGCGGAGGCGAGUUUGCAGGAGCUCAAGAGUUUGUUCGGCUCUUUUGUGAAUUCCUCGUUGGAACAAAAGGCGACAGAACGAAUUUCUCGCGCCUCGCGGCUGAAAGUCGCUGCCCAGGAAGCCUUGCAGCAGUCCUUGGCUGCAGACGCAGCGAAGCAGCCUCAGGAUUCUGCCUCUUUAGCUCCGCACCCCCUGACCCCCUUGAGGCUGCAGGGUGGUGCACGGCUGCUGAUGGCGGGGAAUAGCGAGCAGUGGUCUAAGGCUGGCAGUCAGAAGGCUGAAGAACAUCACCGACGCGUUUCCACUGCAGUAUUGCAGUCCAUGCGAGCUGCGGGAAAGGCAGCGCUGACGUCGCAGCAGCGUAGCACGGGGUUUGUCUUGCACUAUGUCAAGGACCUGCAACUCUUUGCGGCGGCGGAAGUAGCCGCUGCAAGCGCUGCUGGCAGCUUUUUGGUGGAGGCGGAGGAGGACGUGUUGCCCCUUGGAGCGGCAGAGGAUCUCAUGUCUUGGCUGUAUAGGCAGAAUUCGGGUGCUCUGGGUGCCUCGCAGAAGCAGACAAGCGAAGCCACUCUGAGGAACCUGUUGCUGCAUCAGGAGAAGAAGCUCCAGGAGACGCUGGCGGAGAGAGACCUCCUGCACAGGCAAAACGAGAAGCAGCAGAAGGAGAUAGAGGAGCUGAAGCGGCAGCAGAAGAAGGAGGAAGGGGCUGUUGCCGCUUCGGAGGAUCUACGGGAGGCACGGCGGAAGCCGAGGAAGCAAGUGACGAUACACCUGGCAGACGACGCGAGCGAGGACGCAACACAGUGCCAGCAGCAACAGCAGCAGCAGCAGCAUCAUGGUCAUGGUCAGCACCAGGGGGGGGAGCAAGGGGAGCUGCACGGGAGGGCUAACGGUGGCGAUGUUGCCACCAGCACGGCUCUGCAGCUCUCCGCAAUCAAUGCAGGCAAUGCCGAGGGGGCCCCCUGGGGGGCCCCCUCUGAUGCAAGCCCUCCCGCUGCAGGAAAUUCGAGUGUCCGUCGACCAAUAGAAAUGGUGUGGGUGGAUGUACAGUCGAGGUAUGAGGCGUUUCUUCUCUCUUUGACCCCUCUUUCUUUGCCUAGCACGUGGGAUAGCGGCUACAAGCCAAAGCAGCAGCAGCAUCAUGAGCAGCAGCUUUCAGGGAGCGGGGAGGGAUGCAGCGCAUCGCCUUCGGCUGCCUUUGGCUUUGGAGGGGGGGAAGGUUCCUCGCGAGGAAGCGAGUUGCACUGGAGUGACCACAGCUUUGCCGCGUCGCUUGCUGCGGCUAUUGAGUCUGCUGCUGACGCUGCCUUGCCAGCCUUUCUGGUGCGCUGCUGCCGUCUUGCCUCCACCGCUGCUGCUGCUGCUGCUCCGGCUAGCGAUUCCAAGCCAGGCGCUUCUCGCAGCAACCGAACAAGUCGAAUGUCUGUACACCUGGUGCAGCAUCAGCUCCUCUCAAGCAGGCGACAGCAGCAGCAGCAGGAGAAGGCCGAUAGCGGCACGCCGAGCUGUCUCCUGGACUGGAAGGAAGCGGAUCUGCAAAUGCUGGCUUACGAACUUGUGCUGCUUGCAGCCUAUCACCACGCUCAGUAUGCCGAGGCAGCAGCCUUGCUAGCAGAUGAAGGGGAGGCAAUGCUCGCUGCCGCUGCCACCGACAGGCUCAAACGCCCCCCGAGGGAAAACAUGCAGCUUGCUGCAGCAUCUGCUUCUGCUGCUGCUGCUGCUGCAUCUCGACAGAUGCGGCCUCCACGAAAUUCAUUAGCGCGAGCCAUGUCUUUCAAACUCGGAGCACUGCAUGGCAGUGAGACGCAACAACAGCAACACCAACAACAACAACUGCAACAACAACAGCAACAACAACAGCAGCAACAACAGCAGCAACAGCAGCAACAACAACAACUGCAACAGCAACAGCGGCAACAGCAGCAGCAGCAGCCACAACAGCCACAGCAGCCGGGCUCUCAGUUCGCUCAUGCGGACUCCGUUACACCUGCGCGUGUCUCGACGGUUGAUUUGCUUGGUCCUUGCCAUCCUUUCUCGCUGACAUUAGAGGAAUGGAGGCAGUGCCUUGCACUCCGGAAGAAGAAGCAGUCUCAGCAGCAGUCUCAGUCGCGCGGCAGGUUUCGUCAUGGAUCGGCUGCUGGAGCUACGACGGAGCGUUUAGACACCGCGCAAGGCGCACGCGGAGCUCUGCGUUGGCGGGCUGCCGCUCAACCGGCCACGGUGGGGGGGAUCGAUAGGAAAAAAUCCUCAGAAAAAGCAUCUCCAGCUUGCGGCAAGAGUGCGAUUUGGCCUUCAGGAUCGUCUGGAGAGGCAGAGGACUCAAGCCCGUCACAGCCGCAGCUAGCUGCGGCAGCUCCAGCUCCUCUACGCAGCGGCCUUAACGCGGUGCGAACGUCUGCUGAAAUUUUUGCUGCCUUCCGGCGGCUCGUCGCUGCAGCACGCAACAACGGCGACGGCUGA